AUGCUGAGCUGCUUCUCCACUUCGCGAGGCCGCAGCCUCAGGACCCCAGGCAGAGAAAGUAUCGGUGAAAGACUGAGAAGACCGCUGACUCCAUCUAGACGCCGCAGGCCGCACUGCCGCAGCCACACGACUGUCACAGACACCCCAGGGAAGGUCUCCCCGGGAGUGACCACCAGUGACCUACCAAAGUCAAGGCGCCCCAGGGAAGUCUCCCUAAGCCCAAAUACCACCGGCACAGAAGCUGGGAAGAGCGCAGGGCAAGUAUCACCACGCCCAGAAACACCCAGUAGCUCUGGGCAGGUCUCCCCAGAGCCGGGCCCAGAAAACCCAGAGAGUCAAAGUCCAAGGGGGGAGAGCGAAGUCACAGCCACCUGCCCCCGAGAGACACUGGGAAGCCUGGUGUACAUCCACCCAGGCCUGGCCGCCGCCAUUGGAAACCACACCACAGAGCGCCUUGCGGAAUUCCGGCCAGUGUGGUCCGUGCAGGCGGUCAGGCCGCACUCGUUCACCAAGCCCUUCCUGCCCGUUUUCCUGGGCAGCCAACCCCUCUACGGUCCCUUCUUCCCGGGCACCUCCACCGCCCACACCUCUACCCGAUCGGUCCUGAGCUUGGGAAGAGACAUCAUGACAAUGUCUUUUGAGACUCCCAGCUCCUUUGAGGGCCUGUGUGAUAAAGAUCGAGAUAUUGGGUGGAGGAGGAAGGAGUCCCAUAUACUGUGUCUUCUCCUUUGCAUAGCUUCAGACCCUGCACAGACAGUGAUCCCACAUAAUCUUUCAACUCAUGAGGCUUUAGAACAACUUGAUGAAGAGAAUGAGGCAGGGAACACCAGGGAAAGUAGCAAAGCUUCAUUUGGUUUAGGUCUUCAAGAUUUUGAUUUGCUCCGUGAUAGAGAAAGUUAUGGGAAAGUACUGUUGGUUCAACUGAAAAAAUCAGAUCGUAUAUAUGCGAUGAAAGCAGUGAAAAAAGAGCUCGUCCACACUGAUCGGAUAUGGACAGAGAAGCACGUUUUACAGCAGGCAUCUGAUUGUCCGUUUCUAGUUGGACUGCAUUCCUGCUUCCAGACAGAAAGCAGACUGUUCUUUGUUCUAGACUAUGUAAAUGGGGGAGAUCUGAUGUUUCACAUGCAGCAACAAAGAACACUUCCUGAAGAACAUGCCAGGUUUUACUCAGCAGAAAUCAGUCUAGCAUUUAACUAUCUCCAUCAGUGAGGAAUACUGCACAGAAAUUUGAAACUGGACAAUUUAUUACUGGACUCAGAAGGGCACAUUAAACUGUCUGAUUAUUGUAUUUGUAAGGAAGGCUUAGAGCCGGGAGACACGAUCAGCACUUUCUGUGGCACUCUUAAUUACCUGGCUCCAGAAAUUAUAAGAGGGGAAGAGUAUGGCUUCGGAGUGGACUGGUGGACUCUUGGAGUGCUGCUGUACGAGAUGAUGGUUGGGGAGUCUCCAUUCCAUCUUGUUCAGAGCUCUGACAACCCUGACCAAAAGUCUAACAAUAAUCUCUUGGAAGUUAUUUUGCAAAGAAAAAUUCAUGUACCUCAUUGUCUGUCCAUAAAAGCUGCAAGUGUCCUGAAGAGUUUUCUGAACAGGGACCCAGAGGAACAACUGGGUUGUUAUCCUCAAAGUGGAUUUGCUGAUGUUCAGAAGCAUCCAUUCUUAAUGUUUGUUUAUCCAUUCUUUUGAAAUGUUAACUGGCACAUGAAGGGACAAAAGCAGGUGGUGCCUCCCUUUAAACCAAAUAUUUGUGGGGAAUUUCAUUUGGACAGCUUUGAUCUUCAUUUUACUAAUGAACCUGUCCAGGUCACCCCAGAUGGUAAUGACAUUGUGAGGAAAAUUGAUGGAUAUGAAUUUGCAGAUUUUGAGUAUAUUAAUCCUCUUUCAAUGUAUGAAGAAUGGGUCUGA